CUCAAGAGCAUGUCCACUCUCUGCAUUGAUUAGUAGCGUUUUCAAUCCUCUGGCUUCAGAAAGUGUCGAGGCUGACAGUUUAAUCUCUAUUAUUCGAAAUCGGUUCAACGGCCUAAACACGUCCUUGGUUCCUCUCAAUAAUGUCUCUUAUGAUGACGAUGGCCUGAAAAUACUGAUUCUGUUGGGCGCAUGGAAGUCCGUGUUGAAGCUCGUCGACAUUCUCAUAUCGCAGGCGACGACCUCCUUCGACACUACGAUUAAAUACAAGACUAUACAAAUCGCCGCGAUGAUGAAGCUGCGCAUGUAUCAACACACGUUCAAUGAACUCGUCGCUCUCGAACAAGAAUUGCUGCAGUCGAAUAACGUUGAGUCACCGACAAACCCCGCGCCUCUGCACGAAUACUAUGCCACUGUUCCGUUCGUUCUGUCCCUGUUUAAAUGCCAAGCCUUGUAUUUUCUAGGUAAAUGCAGUUUAGACGAGUUUUUUAAAUUGAGAGAGUUUUGUUUGAACCAAGCACGCCUUUUUGAGAGUUCACCGUGUGCCAGCAAGGCCGAGUUUUUACCAUGUCCUAUGGCUGAACUGUUCAACGUGAUCGAAGCUCCACGCUCGCAGACUUGGCUCGAUCGUGCUGACGCGGUGCUGAUUAACAUUGCCAAUCACCAGAUACAGCAAAGACAACCUUUACUUGCGAUACAAUCUCUCUCCGAGCUGGUAGCGAGCCGUCCAAAUGAUUGUCAGAUUCUGUACCUUUUGUUUAAGGUGCACGUUAUCACGAACAACGUUGAACACGCCAAAAAGGUGCACUCUCUGAUUUCUAAACUUUCUGGCCCCGAUUCUGUCUACAGCAUAUUUUGCCAGGGUUUCAUGGCCGUGAUUAAGUCCGAAUGGAACCUCGCUUUGGACUGCUUCAAGCGCGCCCAUCUGCUUGACCCGUCGAACAUAGCUGCGAUCAACAACAUGGCGCUGUGCCAUUUAUAUGGAGGCGACGCAAUGGAGGCCGUAAACGUUAUAGAGAGUUUCAUCCUCUCGGACCCCUUCCAAAGCGCCAGCGAAACGGCGAUUUACAACAUUUGCUCCAUUUACGACCUCAUCAGCGAAAAGACCUUGGAGAACCGAAGAAAAGUACUUCAGCUUAUACACGACCGUCUGCCUGACGACUUCAAUAUCACAGUCCUCAAGCUCCCCAUGCAGCUCUUUUCCUCGCCUUCGGUCGAAAGGAAACAGAAGCAGUGAUUGCGAAGCUAAGCGUUUACCCCAACUGACAAAUUCUUGCCUUGACCUCUCUUGUGCGAAGUUUCCGAUUUUUCGCAAAUGGGGUGCGUUCGAUGCCAGCAUUUUGUCCUUUGCUUCGAGAAAGUGCUCGAGUUUCUGUAGCGCGUAGCAGCGAUGCGCACUCCGAAGCGGACGUCGUCGUGCAGCACCUCCGUGGCUGGCGCCUCGGCGGUUGCGCCUUCCGCGCUCACGCCGGGCCCCCGUUGCCGUCGGCCAGACGGGAGUCCGCCCACGUCUGGCGAGACGCGUUCUCGUUUUCCCCUUCAGGGGAGUCGAUGUUUUUCUCAAUAAAUUGGUAGUUUUUUUGA